CAAAACCUUUGUCCUUUAGGAUAAAACACCAGAAAUUGUCAAUGCCUCUACGGCACGGUAGUUUUAUAAAGAUGCAGGUAACUAAAAGAUGUCUCAUUUUUUCCUUAUGUAUAUACUUCACUGCGGUUACAGCAAGAAAAGAUUGCGCUAGUAAGAAAAUUCCUCGAGGUGGAAACUUUGAGUUCCCGGCAGAUAUUGCGGACACUAUCAAUGACAAGGAACAAUUGAGAUUUUCAUGCCAAAUAGGCUAUACUGGUAUGGUUAGGUUCACUUGUGAAGAUGGUUCUUGGAUCAAAAAUGGACGGGGCUGCCAUCCAAAGCAGUGUGGUCAUCCUGGUGAUACACCCAAUGGUGACUUCACUCUUACAAAAGGAGAGGAUUUUGUAUUUGGAUCAGAGGUUCAGUAUACUUGCAAAAAAGGAUAUGUAAUGGUGAGCCGAGUUAGUCACCGCAGUUGCUUGGACAAAGGAUGGGAUAAUUCUGUUCCUAUUUGUGAAGUGGUGAAAUGUGUACCAAUUCAAUCAAGUGAUGAAAUGAUAAUAAGCGGAAAUACAGAACAACCUCAGUACAGUGAUGUACUACAGUUUGAAUGUCGGUCAGAUGAUCAUAAACUCAGUAAUCCAGAUCAAAUAUAUUGCACUGAAAAUGGAGAAUGGAGCGGGGACAUCCCAAAAUGUGAAGAAAUAAGAUGCCAGUACCCUCUCAUACAACACGGUAAACCUAGAAUUUCAGACACCAUCUAUAAGAAAAAUGACAUCCUAAGAUUCUCUUGCGAACAAAACUACAUACCUGUUGGAAGUGGGACUGUUAGGUGCACAAAGACAGGUUGGAGUCAACAACCACAAUGUGAAGAACAGACAUGCAGUGUGCUUUACAGAAGCGAUGUGGAUGAAAAAUCCUUCACACAGUCUAGUUACAAAACUGGAGAAAAAGUUUAUUUCACUUGCAAAGGAGGAUACAGAAAAAAAGAGAAUACAGACUACAUCACAUGCACAGAAGGUGUCUGGGAGCCAAGAGAUAUGUGUGAAGUGAUGACUUGCAGUGUGACAGAUCAAGAUCCAUUUGUCGUUGGGAGAUCAAGACACUAUGACGGACUUUACAGAGUUGAACCAUAUCAGUACAGGUAUAACUGUAAGGAAGGAUAUGAAAAACCAGACAGAUAUGCUUAUGCACAAUGUACAAUAAAUGGAUGGAAGCCAGAUCCACUGUGUCAGACAAAAGAAAAAUUGUGUAAUAAACCUCCGAUAAACCAAGGAUAUAUCUAUCCAGUUAAAACCACUUACAAUAAUGAAGAAAUUCUAUAUUAUGCCUGUAUUACUGGUUAUAAACCUACAACAGAAGGAUGGUGGGGACACAUAACAUGCACAAAUCGAGCAUGGUCGCAUAAUCCCAAGUGUAUUGACGAAAUGAACUGUGGCAUUCUACCACCGAUUGUUAAUGGAAGGUCAUGGGGAGUCCAACGUGAUGAGUAUUCAAAUGGAGAAACUGUACACGUUCAGUGUAACACUGGGUACGAGCAGGUACGCCGCAGUGCAGAAUGCCUGAACGGAAACUGGAUAUUACCAGAAUGUACAGCUGUGAAAUGUGAACCAAUUAAACGAAAUGAAGAACUGAUAAUGAAAGGAAAUUUCACACAACCUCAGUACAACGAUGUGAUUCAGUUUGAAUGUCAGUCUGAAGAUCACAAAGUCAAAGGAUCAGAUCAGAUCCGUUGUACUGAAAUAGGUGAAUGGAGUGGACCAAUCCCAGAAUGUGAAGAAAUCAGGUGUCCGAAGCCCAUCAUAGCAAACAGUAUACAUAUUUAUGGAAGAAACUUUUACAAGAAUAAUGAUAUCCUGAGAUUUGUUUGUGAAGAAAACUAUACACCUGUGGGAAAUGAAAAUACCAGGUGUACUAAAAAUGGUUGGAGUCAACAACCAAAAUGUGAAGAAACUGGACUACCUUGUAAAGCCCCUCCUCGAAUAGAAAAUGCAGUAAUUAUUUCGCCCUAUGAGGAGACGUAUCUUCAUGCAUCCAAAGUGACAUUUAAAUGUCACCCUUUGUUCGGCAUUGAGGGGAAAGAAGAAGUUGAGUGCAGAAAUGGAAACUGGGCUGUUUUGCCAAGAUGCAUACGCAUGAAGUGUGAACGUCCAGAGCAAAAAAUUAACAAUGCAAGAUUACAGGAUGAGCCAAAAGAACAACAUGAUAAUGGAACUCAUGUUCACUAUAAAUGUGAUGAAACAUUUAUUCACACAAAUGGAACAGCAGCAAUAUGUAAAAAUGGACACUGGAGUUAUCCUUUUUGCAUCAGAAAAAACUACUGUGAUAAACCUGAUUUAAAAAAUGGGAAGUUCAUACCUGAAAAAGAGACAUAUAAUAACGAAGAAGAAAUUGAAUAUGUAUGUCACAAACCAUAUGACAGUAUCCCAGCUGGUUCUGUAACCUGUCAGAAUGGACAGUGGAGUGAGAAAGUGGAAUGCAAAGCAAAACGUUUAUCCUGCAAAGAGCUUCCAACAAUAGAAAAUGGGGACAGAAUUUCUGAAAAACAGGAAGGCGACCUGUAUAAAGAAGUUACCUUUCAGUGUCCCAGGUCUUAUAAACUGGAAGGCAAAGAAAUUGUCAGAUGCAGGAAUGGAAACUGGGAGGAACUCCCAAAAUGUUUAAAACCUUGUGCGAUAGAAAACAUACCUGAAAAGCAUCAUCUUGAGAAAUUACCUUCCACAGUAUAUGUUGAAGAAGGGAAAACAUAUAGAUUUACAUGUAAAAGUCGAUAUUAUAAAGACACCUGGUACUGGAGUACGAAUGUUGAAGGGAUUUGCAAAAAUGGACAUAUGGAAUUUCCAACAUUUUUCACAAUGAAACAGAAAAUUGUAAUUCUGUAUUUAAUUUUCUUGGAAUGUGUGCAUGCUUUACCAUCGACAACAGGUUGCUCCACUCUUCCAAAAGUGCAAAAUGCAGAUAUUCUGCAAGAGUUUCUCAAAGAUAGCUACAAAGAAGGAGAUGUUCUAUAUUUUUCCUGUAGAGCUGGUUAUGUGUACAGGAAAAUUAUGUAUGAAUGUAGAAAUCACAUAUGGAAACUGAACGGUGAAGGAGAAUGUACAUUAAAAUCAUGUGAGCUUCCUGAGGACAUUGCACAUGGCCGCUAUGAAAUAAUUGAAGGAACUGACUUUGUCUUUGGAACAGUGAUUAAAUAUUUCUGUAAUGAGGGAUUUCAGAUGGUAAGCAGAGAAUACACCAGAACAUGCCUGUUAGAAGGGUGGAGUAACCGUCAGCCUCAGUGCCAAGCGGUCCGUUGUUCACCCGAAAUAAACACAGAUGGUCUGAUUGUAACUGGAUUGCCAGAAGAUUCCCACAUGACAACUGGGCAUGUGUUGCAUUUUAAAUGUGCCACUACCGGAAUGACACUGAAAGGGGCAUCAGAAGUUGUUUGCCUAUCAAAUGGAAUAUGGAGCAGACCAUUCCCUACAUGUGAAGCUUUAACUCCUGCACCAGUGGGUAGACCAGUGGGAAAUACAUUCUGUGGGCCACCACCUCAAGUUAGAUAUGCAGAUGUAGUAGGUUUUCAAAAGAAUACCUACAGACAUGGUGAUAAUGUUGAAUUUCAAUGCCAGAAUCUUUAUACACUUGUUGGUUCAAAAGUUAUAAAAUGCAACCAAGGAAGAUGGACUCCUGAACCAAGUUGUCUCAAACCCUGCACUGUGACGCUUGAAGACAUGAAUGAAAGGAAUCUUAUCCUCAGGCAUACUUACAUGAAAAAGCUUUAUGCAAAACACAGACAGCCUAUAGAAUUCUUUUGCAAGUAUGGAACAAGAAAAGCUAAUGACAUCCCCUUCCGUCAGUACUGUGAUGAUGGAAAAAUGAUAUUGCCUCUCUGUCAUUAGAGCAGCAUGUUUAUACUCGGUGUAUGGUUUAGUAAAAGAUGGAGCUACACUGACAAAAAUGAAUACAUAAGCACUUUGUACACAUAAUAUUUGUCAAAUUCAGUGAACGAAGCUUCAUCCGUUAAUCACGCACACACAUCAUCUGAGCCUCUUGUCCCAUACGGGGUCGCGGAGAGCCGGAGCCUAACCCG